AUGACCUGGCUAUCUAUAACCUCCAACUUUCCUUCGUCAGAUUCGUUGCCUCUGAAAACUUUCUCACUGAAUUCUAGCAUCUUCUUAGCAUGCCUACCGUACAUGAAGCCAUUUUGCGCUUUGGAAAUUGGAUCAUUCAGCUUUUUCAGAAUACAACAUAGUGUAUUCCGCCAUAAUGAUGGUUGUUACCUUCAACAUGCAAUAUUUGUUAUGAAUACAAUCAGAAGAUUAUCAUGGGCAGGCGGUACAGCUCCAAAUUUAGCUCCUCAUAUAAGGAGCAUUAUAAUUUCAAUUCAGAAAUCAAUACUUAGGUGA